GAUCGUCGCGAUCCUCGUCAACGAUGUCGAGUCCCAGACCGCCGACGACCCCUGUCCGGCCGGAUGACACUCAAUCGCCGAAUCGCACACCAAAUGGCACGCCGAGACGACAACCUGGGACCCCAUCCUCUGUUAGGACUCCCCCGGUCGCAGGAAGACGAACACCCAGCGUCCCUGGAACACCCAGCGUUCGUGGAACACCUAGCGUCCCUGGAACACCUAGUGUCCCUGGAACACCUAUCGUCCCUGGAACACCCAGCGUCGCCGGGACACCCAGCAUCGCCAGACAAGGUACACCACGAAGAAGAUUGGGUAACAAUUUGGUAGACACUCCUUUACGAUGGGCCAACCGUCAAACACACGAAACUAUUGCAUCGUCGGAGGGCUUGUCCUCUAUGCCACUGUCUUCUCCGAAUCAACAGUUGCAGACGAGCCCUCUCACUGCAGGUACGAGCGAGAUAGGAGAUCUGUCUUCUCCACUGAAUUAUGGUACCCCCAGCUCACUGGCAUCCAUUCGUACUCCUCGCAGUGGUGUCAGAGGUACACCUAUUCAACAAAGACCAGACGUUCAGUCUGACAGACGUGUACGACAGGUUAAUCUGGCUGAUAUACCAGAAAAUGACGAGGACAGAGAAAGAACAUCUGAGGGUGAGAACGGCCCGCAAUUAACAAUCUGGGGUACAAAUGUUGUCGUAAAUCAUAUCAAACACGAAUUCAGACGAUUUAUCAUGCGCUAUAUCGAUUCACAAGCGGAGAACGAUGAACUACCCGAAAAUAUGAAUCUGUCAGAACCACUGUAUAUGCAAAAGCUUGAAGAGAUACAUAUACUGGAAGAACCUUAUUUAAAUAUAAAUAGCACUCAUCUCAAAGAGUUUAAUCAGCAGCUUUACAAUCAAUUGGUAGUAUAUCCUCAGGAAGUCAUACCAGCAUUUGACUUGACUGCGAACGAAAUAUUCUUUGAGAAGUUUCCCGGUGCUGCACUGGAACACUCAAUUCAAGUACGUCCUUAUAAUGUUUCAAGGACCUCGAGUAUGCGUCUUCUGAAUCCAGAGGACAUAGAUCGAUUGAUCACGGUUACUGGAAUGGUUAUCAGAACAUCAAACAUCAUGCCGGAGAUGCGAGAGGCGUUCUUCAAAUGCAUCGCAUGCUCCUUUACGACAACCGUGGUCAUCGAUAGGGGCCACAUAGCCGAGCCCACAGUGUGCACUCACUGCAACAACAAUUUCUGCUUUAGUCUGAUACACAAUCGUAGUCAUUUCACUGAUAAGCAAAUGAUCAAAUUGCAAGAAUCACCAGAUGAUAUGCCAGCUGGCCAGACUCCUCAUAUGGUGGUGCUUUUUGCACAUCAUAAUCUAGUUGACGCUGUCUCGCCAGGUGAUAGAGUUUCGGUCACCGGUAUAUAUCGCGCGAUGCCAAUACGCGUUAAUCCUCGGCAGUCUAAUGUACGGGCCAUUUAUAGAACGCAUAUUGACGUUGUCCACUUUAGAAAACAAGAUUCAAAGCGAUUGUACGAACAAGAAGAUGGCAAAAGCCACGCGUUUCCACCAGAAAGAGUGGAGUUAUUAAAACUACUGUCACAAAAGGAGGAUAUAUAUGAACGACUGGCACGGCAUAUUGCUCCUAGUAUCUACGAGAAUGAGGACGUUAAGAAGGGUAUAUUGCUACAAUUGUUCGGCGGUACGAAGAAAGAACAGAGUGAACAGACUAAGAAAUACUUCCGGUCCGAAAUUAACAUUCUUCUUUGUGGAGACCCGGGUACGAGUAAAUCGCAGCUGCUACAGUUCGCCUUCAAUUUGGUACCGCGCUCGCAAUAUAGCAGCGGAAAGGGUUCUAGUGCUGUGGGCUUAACCGCCUUCGUAACGAAAGAUCCCGAGAGCCGGCAGUUAGUAUUGCAAACUGGCGCUUUGGUGCUCGCAGAUAACGGUAUCUGUUGCAUUGACGAAUUUGAUAAAAUGAACGAUAGCACGCGUUCGGUGCUGCACGAAGUUAUGGAGCAGCAAACAUUGAGUAUUGCGAAAGCUGGUAUUAUUUGUCAAUUAAAUGCGAGGACUAGUAUUCUGGCAGCGGCUAAUCCUUGCGAGUCGCAGUGGAAUAAAAAUAAGACAGUGAUAGAAAACGUCAUGUUACCACACACAUUAAUGUCACGUUUCGAUUUAAUUUUUCUUAUGCUGGAUCCCCAAGACGAAGUGUUUGACAGAAAACUUGCCAGACACUUGGUGUCAUUGUAUUAUAAAUCUGCUUUGGAAGAAGAGGAUGAUAUUGUUGAUAUGAGUAUUUUACGAGAUUACAUAGCUUACGCCAAGGAACAUGUUAAGCCUAUUCUUAAUGAGGAAAGUCAACAAAGACUAAUUCAGGCUUACGUCGAUAUGCGUAGAGUAGGAAGCGGUCAUGGGCAAAUCUCAGCUUAUCCAAGGCAAUUAGAAUCAUUAAUUAGACUUUCCGAAGCACACGCUAAAAUGCGAUUUAGUAAUGUAGUGGAGAUCGUGGAUGUCGAGGAAGCUUGGAGAUUACAUCGUGAAGCAUUGAAGCAAUCUGCCAUCGAUCCAUUGAGCGGCAAAAUUGAUAUUAGUAUUCUGACGACUGGUAUGUCGUUGGCAGCGAGAAAACGUAGGCAGGAGAUGGUCGAGGCGUUGAAGAAGCUCAUUAAGAGCAAAGAUAAGGCACCAACAUUAAACUACCAGAAAAUUUUCACGGAAUUGAAAGAAUCAUCCAGCACGUUGAUUACACGCGAAAUGUUCGAAGAUGCUCUGAAGGAGCUGCAAGAUGAUGGUGUUGUAAUCGUAACCGGCAAAAAUACCAUUCGUGUUUGUUAAAAGUAUUUACUUUCGCGUCACUCUUUUUAGAAUAAUAUCGUGGUUUCUACAUAAGAAUUUUUCUUCUGUUUUUAAUCUUCUUUUUCGUUAUUUUUUGUUCAAUUUCGACACUUUAACUUUUUUUUGCUCAAUCGCAAUUAUUUGGAUCUUGUCUGCUUUCGAAAUUUUUUUUAUCGUAUCCUUCACGCUUCAUUCUUUCUUUAAGUUUUAUCAGAAUUGCUGAAAAAGGGAUUAAACGCAGAAUUGAAAGCAAAAGGAGAAUUUUUACGAGAAACCAAUGGUGACACUUUCUCUCUUCAUGUGUCAAUUUUUCUUCCUCUUUUAAUUUUUUUCAAAGGAGCAAGUUUUUUCCAGACCCUCUUUACCUUCUUGAUCUUUACAAAAUAUUUCUUUAGUUUUUUUACCACCUUUUUUAUUUUUCUUCGUACUAUUUUCAGGCUCACCAUCGGUUUUAUAAGAAUCUUAGAAUAAUAAUAUAGAUAUACAUAUAUUAAUAUAGUUAAUAAUCCAUGAGUUCUGAAUCUUGUGAAAAAUUAUAUCGAUUGCUACUUUUUUAUAUCAAAAUUUUUUAUUUUUUUAAAAACUUAUUAAUAACGAUGAAGAAAGGUGUGGCUUCAUGUAAGAACGGACUUAUUGACAGGUCGUAAUUUUAAACUUACACAUCUUGGAUAUAUAUACAUAGAUUUUUAAUCUUUGAUCACACAGCUAGGGACGUGAUGGUAUGGAAUAUAGGGACUGAUAGUCUCAGUCGCUUUCAUUACUACUACUACUACUAACGAUGAAAAAUUAAUAACCGACAAUUAUAAGAAAUAUUUAUGAUUAUAUAUAUUUUUUUAUUUUUGAACUAUUUCUUCAAUUGCCGUAUUUCAAUAAAAUAACAAAUACAUUUAAAAUAUAUUUCAAAAUUCAUACAAUUCAUACAAUAGUUUCUUUCAGAAUUUAUACUGAAUACUAAUUUUCGAUGAAAUUUUUUAUUUUGUAAUUCUAUUUUAUUCCCAUAGAGUUCAGUUUUACAUCGGUUAUUAGUUUACUUUGAUAUUGCGAAUAAAUGCAAUUGAAUUUGCAGCAGUUGUAAUUUGAAAGAGUA